AUGCUCGUCUCCACCCUCAAGGACCGCAUUGCACCGCUGCUGGGCGUGCCAGCGGGCAGGCAGCGGCUGGUGUUCCGCGGGAAGGUGCUCAAAGACGACAGCACCGUCGCCUCCUACGGGCUAGAGGCCGGGCACGCGGUGCAUCUGGUGUCGCGGCUGGGGCGAGCCGAGGGGGAGGGGGGGGGUGGUGGAGGGGAGGGAGGGACGGGGCGGACAAGGGCAGGCGAGGGGGCGGGGGGAGGUGGGCCUGGGGGCGGUUCUGGCCAGCCACUUACUCACAUGCAGAUAGACGGCAUGCCCGGUGCAGCGACUCUCCACAUGGGCUCAGUUAACAUCCACACGGACGGCUCCCCAAUGAUGCCAGACCUUAACCAGAUUGUGACUGGCGUUCUGAGCUCCAUUGGACUUAACCCCUUUGCCGGCAACACCAGCGCCACCAUCAACGUGACACAGCCGGGCGGCACAGCGGGUGGGGCAGCAGGGGGAGGGUCGGCAGGAGCAGCGGCAGGGAGAGGAGGAGCGGGAGGAGGGGCGGCAGGAGGAGGAGGGACAGGAGGAACAGGGGGAGGGGUAGGAGGGGGAGCGGAAGGAGGAGCGGGAGGGAGAGGGGGAGGGGAUGGCUCCGGGAGGUCACAGGGAGGGCCGGAGUUUCAGAUUCAUGUUGACACUGUCAUUCAAGGCCCCAUGCCCAUGCCCAUGGGUGUUCCUAUGGGCGUUCCCAUGGGUGUGCCCAUGCACAUGCCUAUGGGUAUGCCCAUGCAGAUGGUUAUGCAGAUGCCCAUGCACAUGCCUAUGGGUAUGCCCAUGCAGAUGGGUAUGCAGAUGCCCAUGCCCAUGCCCAUGCCCAUGGGCAUGCCUAUGCCAAUGGGUGCCAGUAAUACCGAGGCUGCUGGCGGUGCUGCUGCUGCUGGUGCUGGUGCUGCUGCUGGUGCUGGUGCUGGUGCUGGUGCUGGUGCUGGUGCUGGUGCUGGUGCUGGUGCUGGUGCUGGUGCUGGUGCUGGUGCUGGUGCUGGUGCUGGUGCUGGUGGCGCUGGUGGCACUGGAGGUGGGGGGGGGACGGCAGGAGGGGGCAGUCAGCGCACGAGCUGGCAUGUUGUGGUGCCGCCUCAUGCACAGGUGGGUGCUGCUGCUACUUCUGCCGCUGCUGCUGCUGCUGCUACUGCUGCUGCUGCUGCUGCUGCUGCCGCUGCUGCCGCUGCUGCCGCUGCUGCUGCUGCUGCUGCUGCUGCUGCUGCUGCUGCUGCUGCUGCUGCUGCUGCUGCUGCUGCUGCUGCUGCUGCUGCUGCUGCUGCUGCUGCUGCUGCUGCUGCUGCUGCUGCUGCCGCUGCUGCUGCUGCCACCGCUGCCACUGCUGCUGCUGCUGCUGCUGCUGCUGCUGCUGCUGCCACCGCUGCCGCUGCUGCUGCUGCUGCUGCUGCUGCUGCUGCUGCUGCUGCUGCUGCUGCUGCUGCUGCUGCUGCUGCUGCUGCUGCUGCCACCGCUGCCGCUGCUGCUACUGCUGCUUCCGCUGCCACCGCUGCUGCUGCUGCUGCUGCUGCUGCUGCUGUGUGUGUGUCCUCCCCAGUUCGUACCCUUUCCUUCCUCACCCUCCCCUCCCCUGCUUUGAUCGCUGCUCUCUUCAAUGCCCGCUCCUCAGGCGGCGGCCCUAGACACGCUGGCAAGGCAAUAGAUGCAUACCUGCAUACCUCACUCACACGCCUUCGCAACAACUUCCUUCCCCUUCUCUCCCCCUCGCCCCCUGCUAUCACCGCUCCCUUCAAUGACUGUGCCCCGCAGGCAGAGAGAGAGCAAGCUCGCCGCCAGGCCCUCGCCCCGCUGCCGCGACUAGCUGCCAACAUUCGCCGCCUCGAAAGCAUUCUCAGAGGCUCCGCUUCAUCCCAGCUUCUGAACCUGGCGUCACGGUUGGAGGGGGCAGCAUCAGUGCGGGACGCGGCAGAGUGGGCGGCGGCAAGGGAGGUGGUGGAGGGCGUGGGGCACACGCUGCAGCAGAUGGGCCCGCUGCUGCUGGAGCUGGGCCGGCUGUGCCACUCCGUGCACCUGGGCGAUACUGUGGGAGAGGCGAGGCUGCAGGCGUCUCACGUGGUGUUCAUCAACCAGUUCGGCCCCAACCCCGUCAUCACACAGAGAGUUGCUGACGUGUCAGAGCAGCAAAGGCGGCAGCAGCAGCAGCAGCAGCAGCAGCAAGUGGAGGACUACCAUAUCAACCUCCAACCAGUGCAUCCGGGGGGGAGUGCAGCAGGUACUGCUGCUGCUGCUGCUGCUGCUGCUGCUGCUGGUGCUGGAGGGGCGGGUGGUGCUGGGGGGACUGGUGGCAUGGCGCAUGGGAUGGGGGGCAUGUGGGGCAUGGGGGGAAUGGGGCAAGGCAUGGGCAUGGGGGGGAUGUACCAAUACCCGUAUCCUUACACAUGGGGGUAUUGGCAGCAGCAGGGGGAGGGGGGAGACGCUGAGGAAGGGGAGGAGGAGGGUGAGGAGGGCGGGGGAGAGGGAGAGGAGGAUCCGGAGAGGCAGAGGGAGAUGGAGGAGGGGCGGUCACAGCUGCUGGCAACCAUGUUCUCCGUGUUUGGGGACACGCUCGAGUCAU